AUGGAUUUCUUGGGUGACAAAGAUCCAACACUUUCCCUCUUUAUCGCUCGCACUGCGAAGUCAUUUCUUCAUAGCGAAUGUCGUGAUUUGGCGGUCAAACAGUCGCAUCGAAGCCCAUGUGGCCCUCGUGCCCUCAUCACCGCCUAUUACAUGAGUGAGUUUCUCCACUUUUCCAGCUCUCUCGUUGCUGGGACGCAAGGUCGCUCUUUCCUAUCCGUCCACAACCUUCAACCAUUAUCUUCCCCCAACCCUAAACUUCUCACCUCUUUCUCUAUCCUAGUUGUCACCAUGGACCGCGGCUUCGACCAACUGCACCAUGGUACACUGUUUGGGUCAGAGCACUCUCUGCAAAAUUAUCCCUUACAUAACCACGGAGAUACCUCUCCUUCAAUGCCACGUCUGCCGCCAUUCGACUUCCUGGAACGUCCAGAGCUUGACCUACCUGCCCAAUUACAGGACCCUCAAGCGCAUCGUCGGCAAAAUUUAACUGGAAGUAUGAAAUCACCUGCUAAGGGUCACGAGGGUCCUGACCCUGUAGACACUGACGAGGAAUGGGAGAACUUGCACCGAGACAGCUUUCCCUUUUCCGCCUACACCGACUACCUCUACGGCAGUGAUGCUAGAUCUCUGUCUCUUGAAAACGAAUAUCCAGCUCACAUAGUCCCCAAUCAAGUUGACAUGUACUCCCAAUCCAAGGCCACUCCUGACUCACGCGUUUGGGUUGCACCAGAAGAACGGUGGUGGGCUCAACAACAACUCGAGGCUAGCAUGAGCGCAGCUGCACCUUUUCCUGAACUUUCUUCAUUGCAGGCUCUUGAACAUCCCUCAUUUCGGCCUCCUCUUCCUGAAUACCCGACAUUCACUCCUCCUAACAUGGGCAACCAGAUGCAAAUAGAUCCUUCCUUCAAUCCCCAAUCUCAGUCUAGCCAAUUCUUAAAGAAUUUCCGAUCCAUGGUGUCGAGUCAGAAUGGCAACAACUAUGCGAAUUCACCUGCCUCGGGAUUACAGGUGGGGCACCAGGACCCGCAUCUCCAGUUUAGCUGUCAGAAUAACGAGCACCAAACCGUGCGAUCUCAUAUAGCUUGCAGUAAUUAUCCAACCCCUGCAUCCUGCGCUUCACCAUAUCAACUGCCCCCCACGCCAACGAAGCAACUAGGGUGCGUGGUCCUCAAGCCAACCGCCCUCACCAAUAUGUCCUGGAUGCCGGAACACAUCAAACAAGCACUCGCCCCUCACAUGGCAAAAGCUUGGAAUGUGUUAAACAAUCAGACUGCUAGUCAAAACGAGAAGGUGAACGCUCAAAGGUACCUGGUUGCUCUCACUCAUCAAGUCCUGCACGAGAACCGCUAUCAUACCCUUCGACAGCGUAUGCCUCUCGUCUGGAAUUUGCUCAAGAUCAGGCAGGCUUCACUACCUGGCAGCUCAGAGCAUGAGAACGCGAUGCAGACUUUGCAAACUUUCAAGUCCAACUUGAAGCCGGAGGAGAAUAUGUACGUUCAACACAUGAUUCAGGUUAUGAUUGAUGCGGAAAAUAAUGGCAAGUCUGUGAUGGAUACACUCCAUAUUCAACCUCCGCGUCCGUGGAAACCUCCACAGUGUAUCAACAGCGUGGAUAGUUCGAGUAGUCCACCUACCUCAUCUCCACUUCUGUACACGCCGAGCAAACCGGUGCCGGGUAUGGGUACUUCGGCGAUGAGUACACUAAAUUCAUUUCGUGGUAAUCAAUCGGAAGCCCCGGCGCCUUCCCAGCAACAUCCAACUUCUCCUAACGGAUAUCACCCAGAGUUCUCCCCAUGCUGCCGACGACAGCACCCGACAACCCGAUGCAACGACCACGGUCACGGCCAUGAGACCCAAGAAUCCAACCGCAUUCGCGAGUACCGGCAAAAGCAGUCCGCAUACAUGGAGCAACUCCUGCUCAGUGGAAAUGGGCAGGAAUCUACCCAGAAUGCUAAGUGGAGAAUUCCUUCUUUGGGGGCAUGGCUGCGUAUAUCAGUUACCAUUUGCUUCCUAACUAGCGUUUCGAGGGCUUUCGUGGUGCCGAUGGCUUGGCUAGGGUUGUGGUCGUUUCUGUUUCUAGGUUUACUCCUAGCUUUAGGCCAAAAGAUUCUCAUCAAGAUACUGGACACUAAAUGCUGCGGGAACGGUCUAAGUAGGAGGUACUCAGUUAUCGUGUAUCUAUGUUUGCCCCAGAUAAUAUUUGAACUUCGUAUCAAAACCCGACUCUGGUUCCUGCCAUGUGAUGUUCACCGCUACUAUCACUCAGACGACAUGGACGUAAUUUCGAACGAUACAGAGAGAGCAACAUCUCUAACAUAUCUCCCCCAUAUCAAAAUGCCGCCUUCUUCACAGGACUCUAAUUGUCGCUACCAGAAAGCCCCAUUGCCACCCAUAGAUCGCAUAAAAAUGCUCAGCUCAGAUACCGUAACCCAAGCGAACGAGCUGCUGUCAAGAUGCCGGCUAACCCUAAAAUUUGCAGUCACUCCCUCCAAGCUGAGCACAGCAAUCCGCAAACUGCCUCAAUUUCUCCGAGAUCCUACUAGCCGGGCAAUCCCACUCAUUCCCGUAUUGAAUUGGCCCACCUCCGAUGCGAUUGCAGCAGCCUUGCGUGUAUUUGCGGGUGGCGACGAGGAGGGUGGUGAGUUUCAUGCUGGGCGUGGUAGGUUGUGUAUUUCAAACAUCAUCCAGGACAACCCAACCCUUUUUAUAUCUUUCGGUAACAGCGAUUCCAUGUCCAGAUACUCCCAGCAAUAUUUCUUUUCUCGCCUAGUAAUACCAACACCCAUACUCUCGUAUCAGCCUGAAGACCCGUACAAUCCGGAAUACGAAUCCUUCGGUCCUAAACAUCGUAAAAACCAACAUGUUACUCCUACAGUCAUUAGUAUAAUAUGGAUAAUGAUAGAGCCUGACACUCAUUCAAACCAUAUUAAAACCUUGCGUUUCUCGUGUUGGCUGAAUCCUUCAAGAUCCUUGCACUACAGAAUUGUUCCCCCGCUUGCAGAAGUGGGGGCCAUGUUGCUCGCUCCGAGAGGGCCGGCGAUUAACCCGGUUAGGAAACCGGAUGUGGGAUCAAUCCCGGUAGGCGAAGUGCGAGAUGCUCCUCGGUUAGACAAGUGCCAUCGAGCCAAAGACUUUAUCACACGGCCCGACGAGCAUCUCCUCGAUUUCAAUGCAGUCAAACCACUUCUAGGAAAGAAGAUCAGAGAUGAAUCUAGGUCCGAGAUGCAGCAAAUCCCUACCCGUAGUCCAUCGGCCUUAGCGGGUUUUUGGUUUUUCGCCGAAAGCGCUAACGAUGCUCCUUCAAAAAGUGACCUAUCCAUUAGGGGGAAGCCACGGACAGCAUCUCCCGCCUAUACGCAGACUAUCCUGAGAUUCAACUUGCUCUCCACCAAAGGCAGGAAAUCUGAAUCAAAAUUCUCGUGCCAGCAGCGCACUUGCGCCACCUCCCGAGCUAGCCGAGGAUGCACUAUAAUGAGGGAUCAGGCUGAGGUUCACAAGAGUUUCUGGCCCGAGAAUCGAAAAGAAUUUAGCUACUCCUGGCCUUAA